AUGAGUCCUGCGAGGCACUGGGGCAGCCCUUGCCUUUUCCCCUUGCAGCUCUUUAGCCUCUGCUGGGUGCUCUCAGUGGCCCAGAGCAAGACAGUCAGAUACAGCACCUUCGAGGAAGAUGCUCCUGGCACGGUCAUCGGGACGCUCGCUGAGGACCUGCAUAUGAAAGUGUCUGGUGACACAAGCUUCCGCCUGAUGAAGCAAUUCAACAGCUCUCUGCUCCGGGUACGAGAAGGCGACGGACAGUUAACCGUCGGGGACGCAGGCCUGGACCGUGAGCGGCUUUGUGGCCAGGCCCCGCAGUGCGUGCUGGCCUUCGAUGUGGUCAGCUUCUCUCAGGAGCAGUUCCGGCUGGUACACGUGGAGGUGGAGGUGAGGGAUGUAAAUGACCAUGCACCCCGCUUCCCCCGGGCCCAGAUCCCCGUGGAGGUCUCAGAGAGCGCGGCUGUAGGCACACGCAUCCCCCUGGAAGUGCCGGUGGAUGAGGACGUGGGUGCCAACGGGCUGCAGAGUGUGCGCCUGACCGAACCCCACAGCCCCUUUCGAGUGGAACUGCAGACGCGUGCGGACGGUGCCCAGUGCGCCGAUCUGGUGCUGCUACAGGAAUUGGACCGCGAGAACCAGGCCGCUUACAGCCUGGAGCUGGUAGCCCAGGACGGUGGUCGCCCGCCGCGCUCUGCCACGGCCGCCCUCAGCGUGCGCGUGCUGGAUGCCAACGACCACAGCCCGGCCUUUCCUCAGGGCGCCGUGGCCGAAGUAGAACUGGCAGAGGACGCGCCCGUGGGCUCGCUGUUGCUGGACCUGGAUGCGGCCGACCCCGACGAGGGUCCCAAUGGCGACGUGGUGUUCGCUUUCGGCGCCCGCACCCCGCCUGAAGCCCGCCGCCUCUUCCGGCUAGACCCGCGCUCUGGCCGCCUCACCCUGGCAGGACCCGUGGACUAUGAGCGCCAGGACACCUACGAGCUGGACGUGAGGGCGCAAGACCGCGGCCCUGGGCCACGCGCCGCCACCUGCAAGGUCAUCGUGCGCAUCCGCGACGUCAACGACAAUGCUCCCGACAUCUCAAUCACCCCGCUGGCUGCCCCCGGCGCGCCAGCCGCCUCGCCUUUCGCUGCCGCUGCUGCCGCAGCUGCGCUUGGGGAAACGGACGCGACCUCGUCGGCUGAGCCUGGGACGCCCGAGGCAGACGCCACUUCGCUGGUGCCGGAGGGGGCGGCGCGCGAGAGCCUGGUAGCGCUGGUCAGCACCUCGGACAGGGACUCAGGCGCCAACGGACAGGUGCGCUGCGCCCUCUACGGGCACGAGCACUUCCGGCUGCAGCCAGCCUACGCCGGGAGCUACCUGGUGGUGACCGCGGCUUCUCUAGACCGCGAGCGCAUCGCCGAGUACAACCUGACGCUGGUGGCCGAAGACCGCGGCGCGCCCCCGCUGCGCACCGUAAGGCCCUACACAGUGCGCGUGGGCGACGAGAAUGACAACGCGCCGCUUUUCACACGGCCGGUCUACGAGGUGUCAGUACGUGAGAACAACCCACCUGGCGCCUACCUGGCCACGGUGGCUGCCAGGGACCCGGACCUGGGCCGCAAUGGCCAGGUCACCUACCGACUGUUAGAAGCCGAAGUGGGCCGCUCAGGGGACGCCGUGUCUACCUAUGUUUCGGUGGACCCGGCUACUGGCGCCAUCUACGCAUUGCGUAGCUUCGACUAUGAGUCUCUGCGCCAGCUGGACGUGCGCAUCCAAGCCAGCGACGGUGUCCCUCAGCUUUCCAGCAGCUCUCUGGUGCAAGUGCGAGUGCUGGACCAGAACGACCACGCGCCGGUCCUGGUGCACCCUGUGCCGGCCAAUGGCUCCCUAGAAGUAGCGGUCCCCGGGCGCACCGCAAGGGACACGGCUGUGGGACGCGUGCAGGCCCGGGAUGUGGAUGAGGGCGCCAACGGAGAGCUUGCAUUCGACCUACAGCAACAGGAGCCGCGCGAAGCCUUCGUCAUCGGCCGCCGCACGGGGGAGAUCGUGCUCACCGGAGACCUCUCCCAGGAACCUCCGGGCCGCGUGUUCAGGGCGCUGCUGGUCAUAUCCGACGGCGGCCGUCCCCCUCUCACCACCACCGCCACUGUCAGCUUCGUGGUAACAGCAGGCGGUGGACGUGGGGCGGCUGCUCCUGUCAGUGCGGGGAGCCUGGAGCACUCGCGCCCGCCUGGCUCGAGGCUCGAGGCGUCGGGGCCUGCGCUGCAAUGGGACACACCGUUGAUCGUCAUCAUCGUGUUGGCCGGAAGUUGCACGCUGCUGCUGGCCGCUAUCAUCGCCAUCGCCACCACCUGCAACCGCCGCAAGAAGGAGGUGCGCAAAGGGGGGGCCCUCCGGGAAGAGCGGCCCGGGGCGGCGGGCGGCGGAGCCUCGGCUCCCGGCUCCCCGGAGGAGGCCGCCCGGGGAGCUGGGCCCAGGCCCAACAUGUUCGACGUGCUCACCUUCCCUGGCAGCGGCAAAGCGCCCUUUGGCAGCCCCGCGGCCGACGCGCCCCCGCCCGCGGUCGCCGCGGCCGAAGUGCCGGGCUCAGAGGGCGGCAGCGCCACUGGGGAAAGCGCCUGUCACUUCGAGGGGCAGCAGCGGCUCCGCGGCGCGCACGCCGAGCCCUACGGUGCCUCCCCUGGCUUCCGAAAGGAGCCGGCGCCCCCUGUGGCGGUCUGGAAGGGACAUUCAUUCAACACCAUCUCUGGCCGAGAAGGGGAGAAGUUCAGCGGCAAAGACAGCGGUAAAGGAGACAGUGAUUUCAACGACAGCGAUUCCGACAUCAGCGGGGACGCUCUGAAAAAGGAUCUCAUCAACCACAUGCAGAGUGGACUAUGGGCGUGCACAGCAGAGUGUAAGAUCCUGGGCCAUUCUGACCGCUGUUGGAGCCCAUCCUGUGGUGGGCCCAAUGCACAUCCCUCGCCUCACCCACCAGCCCAGAUGUCAACCUUCUGUAAGAGCACGUCCCUGCCUCGGGAUCCUCUGCGCAGAGAUAAUUACUACCAGGCCCAGCUGCCCAAGACAGUGGGGCUGCAGAGCGUCUAUGAGAAAGUGUUGCACAGAGACUAUGACAGGACAGUCACUCUACUCUCCCCUCCCCGACCAGGGAGGCUCCCGGAUCUGCAGGAGAUUGGAGUACCCCUCUACCAGUCCCCCCCUGGAAGAUACCUGUCCCCAAAGAAGGAAUGUAAUGAAAACGUGUAA